AUGGGUACUCAACAAAGUAUUAGCACAUUAGCUUUGUUGCUAUUGCUAGCUUCCUGUGUUAGAGCUCAAUCUGGCCUAUUCAAUAUAAGAAAAUAUGGUGCAACACAUAAUGGAGACAUAACCAACGCUUUGAAAAAGGCUUGGGAAGGUGCAUGUGCAUCAACAACUCUCAGCAAAGUUGUGGUUCCUAAAGGUACAUACAAGCUGAGACAAAUAGAAUUUAAUGGACCAUGCAAGGCUCCUAUUGAGGUUCGGGUUCAUGGGAUAAUUCAAUCACCUAAAAAUCCAUACCACCUCAACGGAGAAGAUCAGUGGAUUAGAUUUGGGUAUAUUAAUUUCUUAACCUUAUCUGGUAAGGGAAUUUUUGAUGGUCAAGGUGAAAUGGCUUGGAAACAAAAUGAUUGUAGAAAAAACAUGAAUUGCAAGCAGCAGAAGCUUGUCAUGAAUUUUGGUUUUGGUUUCGUCAAUAAUUCAGUUAUCCGAGACAUAACUUCCAAAGACAGCAAAUACUUUCAUGUGAAUGUUUUUGGAUGCAAGAAUCUUACAUUUACAAACUUCAACAUCAAUGCACCUGCAGAUAGUCCUAAUACUGAUGGAAUUCACAUUGGAAAAUCAACUCAAGUGAAGAUUAUUAACUCUAAAAUUGGCACCGGAGAUGAUUGUGUAUCUUUGGGUGAUGGUAGCAGAGAAGUUACUAUCCUAAAUGUAACAUGUGGACCUGGACAUGGAAUUAGUGUUGGAAGCUUAGGAAAAUAUUCAAAUGAAGAGCCUGUUGAGGAUUUCAUUGUCAAGAAUUGCACAUUAAAAAACACAGACAAUGGUAUAAGGAUCAAGACUUGGCCUGGUACCCCAAUAACUUCUCUUGCAUCUGAUUUGCAUUUUGAAGAUAUUAUAAUGGUUAAUGUUAGCAACCCUGUAAUUAUAGACCAAGAAUAUUGUCCAUGGAAUCAAUGCUCAAAGCAGAGUCCUUCACAAAUAAAGAUAAGCAAAGUCACUUUCAAAAAUAUUAGAGGGACUUCUGCAACUCAGGAAGGAGUUAUUCUUGUUUGUAGCAGUAGUGUGCCAUGUGAAUCUGUGGAACUUAGUGACAUAGAUUUAAAAUUCAAUGGAACUGUUGCAACUACAAAAUGUGAGAAUGUCAAGCCCAAUAUUGGAAGAAAUGCAGCUUCUUGUGUUGCGUAG